AUGUUUGUAUACUGCUAACAGGCCAAAGUGUUCCUGUGGUAAAAUGCACAAAUAGUGAUGACUGAGGAGGAGGAGUGCUGACCUGAGCAUCAGGAGGCCACACAUUCACUUCAGAUAUUAUAAAAUGUCUAAUGGUUAUGAAGAUCACAUGGCUGAAGAUUGCAGGGACGAUAUUGGUAGAACAAAUUUAAUUGUGAACUACCUCCCUCAGAACAUGACGCAAGAUGAGUUACGGAGUCUAUUUAGCAGUAUUGGCGAAGUCGAAUCUGCAAAACUUAUUCGGGACAAAGUUGCAGGACACAGCUUAGGCUAUGGCUUUGUGAACUACGUUACUGCAAAAGAUGCUGAAAGAGCAAUAAACACACUGAAUGGCCUCAGACUUCAGUCAAAAACUAUCAAGGUUUCCUAUGCUCGUCCAAGUUCUGAAGUUAUCAAGGAUGCUAAUUUAUAUAUUAGUGGGCUACCAAGGUCAAUGACACAAAAAGAUGUAGAAGAUAUGUUUUCACGUUUUGGACGCAUCAUCAACUCACGUGUGCUUGUGGAUCAAACUACAGGUUUGUCCAGAGGGGUCGCAUUUAUCCGGUUUGACAAAAGGUCAGAAGCAGAAGAGGCAAUUACAAAUUUCAAUGGUCACAAACCCCCAGGUUCCUCCGAACCCAUUACAGUGAAGUUUGCAGCCAAUCCUAACCAGAACAAAAAUGUGGCACUGUUAUCGCAGCUGUGUCAUUCACCAGCUAGACGGUUUGGAGGGCCAGUGCAUCACCAGGCGCAAAGAUUCAGGUUCUCUCCUAUGGGUGUAGAUCACAUGAGUGGGCUUUCUGGUGUAAAUGUUCCAGGAAACGCAUCUUCUGGCUGGUGUAUCUUCAUCUACAACCUUGGUCAAGAUGCUGAUGAGGGAAUCCUCUGGCAGAUGUUUGGCCCCUUUGGUGCGGUUACCAAUGUGAAAGUUAUUCGAGAUUUCAACACCAACAAGUGCAAAGGUUUUGGUUUUGUGACCAUGACAAACUAUGAAGAAGCUGCAAUGGCCAUAGCAAGUCUUAAUGGCUACCGCCUGGGGGACAAAAUCUUACAGGUUUCCUUCAAAACCAACAAGUCCCACAAAUAACUUGCUCGUGCUUUUUGUAUGGAAUAGAUAAUUGAGUGACAGAAGUUGAAACAUUUUUGUUAGUGUAAAACUCAUUUUGCGCCAAUUUUCACAAGUGUUUGUCUUAGUCUAAAUGAGAAGUGGAAAAAGUUUUAUAUUCUGGGAUGCAACUGACAUGUUCAAAUGUUUGAAAUCCCACAAUGUUAGACCAAUUUUAAGUUCCUUUAAGUUAUUUCAUUUAAAACAUGUUAAAAAUCCCCUGAAAUCUUAAGUAGAUUACAUUAACUAGACCCUCUGGAUGGUGGUAAAAUUGAAGCAUGCUUUCACUUAUGAGACUAACAUUUGUUCCAUUGAAUGUUGUCUGCAAAAACUGGAAUUUUCUGAAAAAUAUCAGGCUGAAUUCAUUAAUUUUCUUGUUUUUUAUGUUGUUGUUUUUCCUACCUAUUCCCCUGACCUUUUCUACCCCAGACUCGGUAGUAUGGAAGAAAAGUUGAGAAAUACUAAUGUUUCAGUUGACAGUAAAUUGUUUGAUCAAUUAAUAGUCGUUACUACGUAUCGAGUUGAGGAUUAGGCUUUUUAAAGUCAAGGUCUUGUAAGUAGUAGCAUGCCAGCAUAACUUUUAACACCAUUGAUGAGGUAAGUUGCACACUGAGCAGUGGCCAAGCUGUCAAAUUCAAAGUUUUUAGAAACAUUACUUUUAAAGCCCACUUUCUAAUAGGAAUGGACCAAAGAGUUUCAAAGAAACUCCGGGAAGAUUUCAGAGUCAAAAUGAAACUCCAAAAAGAAAGUGUGAAUGAAUAUAUGUUGCUACUUUAUCAAACUGAAUCUCUUCUGUCCAAAUAUUUAAUGCAUGGUGCACUACUUACUGGUACAUUAUAAUGCAGCAAGAUACUUACUCAUUUUCAAAGAUCAUUAUAGUUUGAAUUCCUUUGGUAGUUCUAUUUUGUAAAGAAAAAACAGUUAUAAACAUUUGAGCAUUGUAUUUCUCGCAUCCCUUCUAAUGAGUGCUAGAUUUUUCUAUUUUAAUAGGAUUUUGUUUUGACAACUAGCUUUACUUAUUGAACACUCAGCAGAAAAGUACUUACUACUUGCAAGUUAGAUAUUAACAAAAAAACCCUUUGAUUUGUAGAUUUAAAGAUUAAUCCCCCAAGUUUUCUGCAGACUGCCUUGAAACUUUGAGUUGUUCUGUUUCUGUUAAUUUUCUUUUGCUUUUUUGUGUUUUUUGUUUGUUUUUACUUUUGCAUUUAAGAACAUUAAAUUUGAUUUUGUUUUGCUCAAAUUUUGUUUUGUUUUUUAUUUUCUGUUAUUUUUUUGCUAAGUAUUGCACAAAGUGUCCAGCUUUCAAAGAGUGUUGUUUUAAAGAACCGUAGUUCCUCUUUAAGAGUUUUAAGUUACUCCUUUGACAGAUGAGUAGAAGAAAAAGGGUUGCGAAACAAGAGCACUACAAUAAAUCUGUUGCAUAGAAACUAUGUGCCACAGGCUGAUGUAACCCUGCAGGUGUUCUUUGGUAGGAAACCUGAAAAGGAUUACUCUGUCGGGUAAAGGUUGUGUAGAGAUCCUGUGCACAACCGGACGCUUGGCCUGGGCAGCUUUCAGGUCUAGCAUUUAUGUUGAGUUGCCAGAAGGUCAAGCAAACGCAAAAAUGGGGAGAGUGGCAGUUUUAUUGCAGUGUCUCCUUUUUUGUGUGAACCUCUACCAGUCCCAAAGUUUAUUUGCAAAUUCCAGAGGCCAUUCUGUGCUGCCUGCUCGUAUCACUCCAUCCCUAGCCGACCUUGCCUUGUGAUCGCAAUCAUUUCUCCUCUUCCCGCGACAGGAUCUCCAGUCUUGCACAGCCCGAAGUCAUCUGCAUCAGCUGCUCUGCGCGCUGCGGCUGAACUGGCUGCCCAUCUCCAUUACCUUCAGCACUGUCUAGGAAAUGCUGUUGCUGAUAUUUCUGGAGCUGCCUAUGGCAUACUUAACGCCGUACAGAUAGGCCUUGGCACUGUGAGCAGCCUCCCACUGUUUUUGAGCUUGUGUGCAGCGCAUGUAAGUGGGAUUUUUGCUAUUAAUACAUUCAGCCUUGCCUUUCCUGCCGGUCCUGUUCGCUCUACCAUCUUUUGAGAAGCACGAUGGUCUGUAAAACAGUGGCUGUGACAAAGCAACCACCCAACUCCCACCAUCUAAAGUGUGCAUUCCGGCUGUCUAUUCCAAUGUCUGUUGCAGAUGUUUCCACCAAUUUAUCAUCACUCAUUUAUCACUUCUUUUUCUAAUACUUCUUUUGUGUACAAGGAGAGAUUCAGAAGCAUUCAGGGGAUUUUUCCCAAGUUAAAACUAUGUAGUAUAGAGAAGUCCUCUUACCGUGUCACAUCACCUCUUAAGCUCACACUGUCCUCUUCCACAGGAGUGGGUCUGCAGGCGUUUCCAAUUUCCUGUCGUUCUCUCUUGCCUUAUUUCAUGUAAGAUUAAUUUUCAAACAAAAUGGGAGUUGCCAUUUUAUCGCAGCAUUUAGAUUGGGCUUCAGACUUCCAGUGAAUGACACCCUAAAUGUGACUUUGCAUCAGUAAGCAUUACAAGUGCACUGGCCAUUGCAACCGUAUCAGCAGCACGCUGCUGUGAGCUUACCACGUGUUCACUUUUUUUAAAAAACUUUUCAUGGAGCCUUUUUGGCAUUACUGUCAUCUUGACUGCUUCCCUCUUUUUCCAUCUCUCCUUCUUUGCUAAAUAAGAAGGAAACACAGGAUAUUGUUUCAGUAGUGGUAUGAAAACAUCUUUUAGUUAAGCUUCCUUUGAUAGUUGCUCUGAAAAUAGUUACCAGGCAAUUUAUGUGAGCAAAGCAUUGCUGCUUGAGUCAGAAAAGAGGAAGAAAAAGAUCCUGCUCCGAUAUCAAGAGCUGAUACUGUCUGCAUACGGUCUGCACCAUUCUAACAGUCAAUAAAUACUCAGCAUAAAUAGCUGAAGUCAAGACAAAAUUGUGUAUGUAUUCUUGAUGCUUUUGGUCCUAAACGAUAGCCCAUGCAUCCUACUAGUAAAGAGCAAAAGGAAACUUCUGGAAGUGGAAACUAAAUUCUAACAACAAGUAAUCUGCCAGCAGUUGUUCUGCCCAAAAGGUAUGAGCAACUGGUUUCCUUAUCGCAUCAUCCAGCACACCCGCCUUUGAAGCUCUCCCCUGAACAUGCCUGUUUCAAGAGAGGUUUUGGCCUCUUAAUCCUCAGGGAGUUUAGAAAAACUGCAGAUAUGUUCUGCUUUUUCAUCCUUUAAUUUGAUGAAAUAGUCGUUGCUUUCGAGUGAUGCUUCUGUCUCAGUCAGUGCUUACAAGAUCUUUGUAAAACCAAAGGUCUAUCUCGAACCAGAGGGGUCUCUUCGUUUCUGAUGAGAUGCAGUAGGCUCAAGAAGGUAGAGAAUACUAGAAAGUCUUGGUUGCUGGAUUAGGACGUGAUGAUUCGAUUUUAAAAACUUUGAUGGUCCACACUGGAGAUACAAUGGGACUGUUUUGGGGUCCUUUAGGUUAGAAGCCUCACAGGAUGCCCCCAGGUAUCUGCUUCUGACAGAUCACGUGUAAUUCCUGAUGAAAGCACGUAGUUAAGGCCAUGCUGCUGUCGCGGGGUUUCGUGAGUAGAUGGCGAAGAGAAUUACGGUGUCUGGGGACUGGGCGUGGGGUUCUGUGCCAGUAUUUCUGAAGGGAUCAAUCUGGCUUUCGUGAACUUGCAGUUUGGGCAACGCUAUUUCCAUUUUACGCUUAUUCGAUCAGACAGACAAACACAGUGACAAGUUUAGCUGCCUGCAUUUAAAAAGAAAAGAGGAGAGAAGGCUUCUUCAUCCAUCCCCUUACGGUCAGGGCAGCUAGCCUCGGAGCUGAAGAUCUGCAGUUGGGAAUGCAAAGGGGAAGAGCAGCAAUACUGUUCUCAGGCUUCAGCUGGGCUCUAUUUUCAAAUGGACCUGUUUGCUUUGUGUCCGAAACUCACUUGCUUUCACAAAGGCAGAACUUGUUUGCAUGUGAAUCCUUAGUGCUUCAGCAGAAACUGGCCUUUGCUUCCGUAGCUGAGUCACCCUGGGGUUUCACUUGCCUGGCCUGAGCCAUCUUCUUUGGAAGGCAGUCUGCAAAUCAGUCACCUUUGAGCCUUGGCUUCUGGGGCAAUAAAAAAAGCUUACUGUGCGAGGGCAGGAUCAUACCCUGGGGCUUGGUCAGCCUUCAGGACUUUGACUGUUAAACCAAUUAUCUUUUUCAGGAAACUUUACCAGCUGUUGAAUGUCUGGUGGUAUUUUAAUUAUUGCUUUGUCACUUUUAGCUUUAGAAUCACUUUGGUUUAUCUUGGUAUUUCUUUUGGAAGGGAAGCUCAGCUGCCCUUACUCAGUACGUAUCCUUUUCUCCACUUCUUUUAAAUACUUGUAUCUGACUCUGCAAGAAGGCUCUUGCCAGGCCAAGGCAUGACUGCUAAACACGCUUCUUACGGGGCUGCUUCCAAAACUGCACAUGAGUCUUCAUUCUUUGCAAGACUGUGGAGUUUCACUCUGAAAUGAGACAAUGCUUAGUUAAGAGCAAAACUGUCCUGAUUGUGGUUGAAGACCUUUUCCAAACUUCUCUGAAGGUGUUCUGGGCUUUAGAAUAAAAAACAAAAAACAAACCCCAAAAAAUCGCAAUAAAAAAGAAUCAGGUUUUCUUAGUAUGUAAAAAAAAAAAAAAAAAAAAAUCUGAGUUUUGUGAAAAUUAAAAUUCCUCAAAGGCUGUAUUCAGACUUGGUCUUUUCCAGUCUGUUGAUUAUUAAUAAGUUUUUAUUCCUGCUCAGUAACUUAUAUUUGCUUCCCAGAUUUCUACUAUGAAUGGAACUCGUCCUUGUGCAGAAAGCUAGCCACAAGCCUAAUCACAGUUUAAACCUUCUGUUAUCCAUUUGCAGAUAGGGAAAUAUCACAGUAAAUACAGAAAAGGAAACGCUCCUGUCUGUGCACUUUGUAUAAGCUGGCAGAGGCAAGUACAGUUCCUUCAGAUGAGGAGAAGGCAACAUCAGGAAAGCGAUAAACAUGAGCAGAAUCAAAGCAGCUUAGUGUGUUUAGUUCUCUCGUCAUUCCAUUCCAGAUGAUGUCUGUGUUCUCUAAGUGUUGAAUUUAUUUUGUUCUUCAAGCUGUGUCAUCCUAAAGUUUGGUUUACUGGAGAUGCUGUGCUCCGCUCCUCUGCGUAGAGGGAGGGGAGCCGAGCCGAUGCAGUUACUGUCGCCUCCUGUGCCCAGCUUUGCCAAUCCCUUCGCUUCUGCUCUAGAUCUGGGGCUGAGCAGCACGGGAGGAUCCAUCUUUGAGGGUGGAAGGAGAAGUCAGGAAACGCCACUGCCCAGAGCCGCAUCCCCGCAGUGGUGUGUGUCCACACACCUUUUUCCUUCCCCUUGGUUGGUUCUGGGGUUUGGUUUUUUUUUCAGUACAUCUCUAUCAUGGUAGCAUGAAAACCACUGAAAAUUCAGAGGUACACGGUAGGAUAAAUUUCUCACUGCAGUGAGUCCUAGUUGGUCAGUUUAUGGUCGCUUACGUUUGUCCAGAUGACCAAAGGUGUCACUAUGGAGAGGACACCUAGUUUUGUAGAGGCAUUAAACAUUGUAGUAAUGUUGUUUAUACAAAGCAAUUAAAAGUCUUAAAAAAAAAAAAAAA